UAUUUCUGCAUAUUAUUUGAAUUUGAGUCCUUAUUAUGAUUAGCUUGAACCCUACGUGAAAAUUUGUCCAUUUUGCAAAGAUUCUUUAAAUAUGCAUUUAGAGUAUUUAGUUUACAGAUGAACAAAGGAAAAGGACGUAGUUAAGUUUAUAAAACCGAUGAUGUCAAACAUUUAUUAUCGAUUCCAAAGGAUGCUUGAGUUAGCUUUUAUGAAUGUUAAUCGUAAGAAAAUAAAAAAAUAUUAAGUACAAUUAUUGUGCUACCCUUGCAUUUUUACAUCUACCAUGUACUACGAUUUGAGGUUGCGUUGAGAAUUUCAACUUGAGAUUGCUAAUAGCCUAAGGCAACUUUUUUGCAACUUUUGUACACUCUACUUUUAUUUUCAUUUUCAUCCUUUAUCAAAUCAAAAAUACACCUGUUUAGUGGCAUACUAGAUUCGGUUUUAAUAAAUUAGUUACAAUAAUGACGGGAUACUUAAUUUGUAUCUGUUUCGAAAGUGGUGUUCCAAUUUUUGCCCGAAAAAUUGGCGAUGUUUCCCCAAUUAGCUGGCCAUUGGCCGCCUCUCUUAAUGGACUGAAAGUGUUUGGAAAAGCCAACAGGGUUGAGCUGAUUUCAAGCAUUACAGAAAGUAGUAGGGUAGUUUGGAAAGAUUUUCAUGACAGAUUGGCUUUAAUUUUCGCUGGCACUGAUGAUUCCAUAACCGAUUUUCAUGUGGAACAUGUACUUGUGAACGUCUUUAGCGUUUUGGUCCUAUCGGUUGGGUUGGAUGAAAUUGUCAGAACCAAAAGUGUCGAUAAAUUGAAGAAAGAGUUUCGUAUGUGCUACCCAGUCAUCGACCUCAUUCUUCAAGGUCUAAAGCCUAACGACAGAACUUUAUACUUUGGAGAUUUAACUGGUUGUGCAGAUGUGGCACUGCAAAUGGACCCUCCCAAUAACCAAGUUAAUUUUCAGACCGUUUUAGACAACCUGAUGGAAUCCAUCGGUUUUAAUUAUGGAUGCCUAAUCGCGAAUGGCAUAUUAAUUGGAUGUACCGAGGAUUGGUGGACUUUGUCUGGCACGGAAAUGUGUCUCAUUACGUUUACAGCUUCACUAAUAUCAGACCCCGUAACAGACGCUGCUAUAUUUUUACCAUCUAGCAGCCCUAAUCUUGCGUACCGAUUUGUGACGUUUAAAGUUGUAGAAAACGUCCGGCUUUGCGUACUCUGCGGACAAGAGCCGACUUUACCAACAAUUGAAAAGGAAAUCGCAAAGCUCAAGAAGAACUUUAGUGAACAGUUAUCACUUUUUCAAAACAGACUGACACCUUUCUGUCGCUAUUCAAGAUUUUUUAACAUUGGCAAAUCUAUCUCUGGGUUCCUGCUUGUAUGCCUUGACCGGAGGCGGUGUACUUUUUCCGUCUUUCCCGAACGGUCUAAUGAGCAGAUGAAUACGGGGCAUAAAUUGGACCUAUUGAGAACGUUUUACAGAAAUACCGUGGGCUCAAUUUUUCCUUGGAGUUGUGCAGCUCCACCAAUGUUCGUUUCUCCGCCAAUUCACUUACACCAUGGGUCGAAACAUGUUGGCCCCACAGUUCACAAAGCAUCAGAAGCAUAUUGGACAUCUGAGUAUCAUAAAUGCCAUGCUAUGACAUUUGCCAUAUUUCAACUUUUUGUCAUUUAUGAGCCCGAUAUUCCCAUGCUACUCAUGAGGCAAACCACGAGAAAACUUUUACAAGAACUGGUAAAGGAGAAAGUGAUGAGAUGAAAUAUAUGCAAAGUUUUAAAAGUCACAAUUGUUCAUUUAAUUCAUUUAUUGGAUACAAAGAAUGGAAUUAAUAAUCUUACUACACAACUAUACGUUUACUAGAGCUGGCUAUGUCUUGUGAUAGAAAUAUAUAUAUCACAUACGCAUAGCUCGUAAUAUUUACUAAAAACUAGAUUAUGUAGCUACUAACUUGUACUAAAAAUUUAGAUCGAGUAUUUAAAUAACAAAAUUGCAAGUCUCAAUGAUAGAUAAAAAUUACUGUAAAUAAAA